AUGCCCAUUGGAUAUCCAGGCCGUACCCAAUCCACUGCCCCUGCAGAUGGCCUCGGCUUCGCUUGGCGGCCUACGGAUACACUGCCAUGUGCGCUUGCUUUUGCUCUGCCGCACCGCUGCACCGUGCCGUCCCCGUUCUCCCUUCGCCUCGAAAAUGGGACUGGCCUACGUCCGUACCUACGCAGCUCUGAAAACGCUGUGCGACUCGCCCUCGGUCCCGCGUUACGUACCCGUCCGUCAUACUGCGAGACGCGACUUGGAAGCUGGCCUGAAUUGAAAUGCGGAUUACGAAGCAGCAUACGUACAGAGAUCUACCCUGCGUAUCUUGCAGUCAUAGCCAUGGAUACCGUCACACUCACUGCUGGUCCGCCAUACGAGCUGUGGAAAGGCUCCUUCGGGCCACUAACACUACGUACACCAUCCCCGGCCCCCGCCUGUCUAGUCAACUCUGCAGCUUUGCUUCUCCAUUACCUCCGCCUUUGA